ACGACGAACGACCUUUGAACCAUGCGCUAAGGGGAAUUUGCGCAUGGUUCUAAGGUCACUCGUAGCAGCACAUGUCCUGAUCCUGUGAAAGGUGUCUUAGCUUGGUUUCAUCCUCCGUCACGAUGAUUAUCUACAAGGACCUCUUUUCUGGUGAUGAAAUGUUCGCUGGUAUAUACAAGAUGAAAUGUGUCGAUGAUGUGUUAUAUGAAGUGGAGGGGAAGCUAACAAAAGAGUGUACACAAGUUGACGAAAAACAAUUUGGGUUUAAUGCAAGUGCUGAGGGAGGAGAUGGCCAAGAAGUGGAUGACUCGACAUCCUCCAAGUCAGGAUGUAACAUUGUCCUUGCGAACAGGCUGGUUCAGACUGAAUAUGACAAGAAGAAAUAUCAACGUCACUUGAAGGCCUAUGUGAAAAGGAUUGUGGAACAUUUGGAAAAAGUUAACCCUGACAGAGUAGACAAGUUUAAAUCAGCUGCAAAUGAACAGGCAGGAAAGAUACUUUCAUGUUUUAAGGAUUGGGAGUUUUUCUUGGGAGAGUCGAUCCAUGGUGAAGGAAUGGUAGCACUGUUGAACUACAGGGAGGAUGGUGUCACACCCUAUAUGUUGUUCUGGAAGGAUGGACUUGAAGAAGAGAAAGUGUAAUGGUCCUUCAAGCAACGGAUCUACUUGAAUUGUGGGAUAUUUAUGUUUAUAUUAGGGAUAGUGUCACUCAACUUCAAUUAGUGUGCAUGGUUUUUAUAUUAUUAAGACAGUAGUACGAAAAGCACUAAAGUGCAAACCCUCGGAGAA